AUGACUCGCGUGGAUCAGUCGUUCUCAGAGCCUCACGAGGCGGCCUACAUCUUCGGAGAAACUUCGCGACGUCUUAUUGGCGAUUUCUUCGAAGCCGUGGGCUGUGGCGCAUGCGACGACCUUGGACCAGAGGGACCAGCUGUCAUUGCAUUGAACACUGGCCCAAUUGCUCAGCCUGGAAUUCAAUACACGAUCAUCGCCUCGCAAUUCGAUGAAAUCACAACGCCGACCACGACAGCGUUCGUUUUCGAGCCCGGGGUGAUCAAUUUGUACAUCCAGCAAUACUGCCCGGCAGAUGCUUCAGGACACGCCCGUGAACCAUACAGCCCCAACAUCCAAGCUGUUGUUGUCAAUGCACUGAAUGGAUACCCGGCGGGUCCUGCAGUCUGUAGCGCUGGUCCGGAUCUCAUUACUGCGAUCACUGGUGUCCUUGCAUUUUCUGGAGGCAGCGACUUGACCUUAUUUCAGGAGCUGGAGCAGAAGUUCUCCGACAUAGUGGGAGGCGUGGGCUUCAUCAAGAAGUCAUAG